AUGCAAUCUCAACAAAGACCGCCUGUACCGCAAGUGGCGAGGUACCAACAACACCAGGUUUGUUAAUAUGCUUGUUUUAUUCUAAAAAUUGAAAAAAAUUCAAUGUUCAGCAGGCGGGAACUCCGCAACAGAUGCGUCGGCCGAUCAACGUGCCUUUGCCGGGCCAGUCGGCUCAAAUGCAGCCGAAUCGGGCCCAGCAGCCGCCGAAAAAGAAAAAGAGAUAUGCGGACAAGCUCAUUCAGCCAAAGGUAGGCCGCCAUCUUCCGGAAAUUUUUAAAAUUCUCACUUUAGGUACGUGAAUUGGUGCCGGAAUCGCAGGCAUACAUGGACCUUUUGGCGUUCGAACAAAAAUUGGAUUCGACAAUAACGCGUAAGAAGAUGGACGUACAGGAGGCUCUGAAGCGGCCGCAAAAGAUCAAAAAGCGACUAAGAAUCUACAUUUCGCACACUUUUAUCGCCGGAAAAGAGCCGGAGAAGGAGACGGACGAGGCGGCCGUUCCGAUGUGGGAACUCCGCGUCGAAGGACGUCUUCUCGACGAUAUGGUAAGCAGCGAAGCACUGUUUUUUGAGGGAAAAUACCGAAAAGUUGCAAAUUGUUUAGUCUCCAUUGCAAGUAUGCUUUUCACAAAAAAUUUCAGCAACCGCCGGCGCCGGGAGUGAACCCUCGUCCGUUGCCGAAGCGCAAGUUCAGUUCGUUCUUCAAAUCGCUUGUGAUCGAGUUGGACAAGGACAUUUACGGUCCCGACAACCACCUCGUCGAGUGGCACCGGACCCCGCAGACGAACGAAACGGACGGAUUUCAAGUGAAGCGUCCCGGGGACCGUCCCGUCAAGUGCACAAUAUUACUGCUGCUCGACUAUCAGCCGAUGAAGUUCAAAUUGCAUCCGCGGCUCGCCAAAGUGCUAGGAAUUGCGGCCGAAACCCGGCCACGCAUCAUCGAGGCCCUGUGGCAGUACAUAAAAACGCACAAACUGCAGGAUCCGCAGGAACGCGACACGAUCAACAACGAUCUGUUUCUGGAGCAGUGCUUCGGAGUGAGCAAGAUGCGAUUCAUGGAGAUUCCGCAGAGAUUGCACCAGUUGCUGCAGCAGCCGGACCCUCUCGUACUCAAUCAUCUGAUCCAGAGACCCGAGGACGGGCAGGAGAAGACUUCCGCUUGUUAUGAUAUUGGUGAGGCGAUAAAUUCAAGUGUUUCUAAAACUAUAUCAAUCGAAUGUUCAGAUGUGGAGCUGGAGGACCCGGUGAAGCAGCAAAUGGCGAGUUUUGUGCACAAUCAGAGCAACGCGAACGACAUUCAGCUGCUCGAUCAGAAGAUUUACGAUUUGGUCGACCAGAUCAACGAGAUGAAGCUGCGGCGCGACUUUUUCGUGCGAUUCUCGAACGAGCCGAACACUUUCAUCAAAAAAUGGGUUGUCAGCCAGAAUACGGACCUGAAGACGUUAACGGAGUCGUCCGGAGACGGAGAGGCCGAGCGGUAUGCCCACGCCUACGUCACCAACGAGGCCGACGAGGGAGUUUCCAGGUUUGUACAUGCCUUUAAAAAGUACUUAUUCAAAGUAAUGUGUCUAAGGGAGAAACAUUCUUAAGCGUGCGAAUCUGGAGAAAAAAUUAUUUGUUUCGGAAAAUUGGAAAAAUCGAUAAACAGCAGUUUGCUGCUGAAAAAAUUGAGGAAGAAUUGUAACAAUCUGUACUUUUGAGGUUAAUUCGGAACAACGUCGAGGUACUUUUAAGCAGUGUCAAAUAAUUUUUUUGCAGAUACAUGUACCAGAAAAUCCAACAAAAACGAUCGGAGCUGGAGCAGAGUCUGGGCGUUCGCAACAAUUAA